UAACUGACUCCUGUCAAAUAAUUGAAAAUCAAAAAAUUCCUGUAACCAAUUAUUCAUAACUAAAUCUUUUUAGUGAUUUUGCAUCAUGUCUAACUGCCCUAGCCGAACGUGCAAUCCAAAAGCUGGAUCUAAUCCCAUCCCAGGCAAUCCCCAAUCGUUUAGCACCAAGGACUGGAUUGACCGUCAAGUCAACUCAGAAAUUCAUGAAGCCAUGAAGGACUUAAUGUUGGACAAUAAUACUCUUAAAAAAAUUUCGACGUUGUUUCUACAAAACAUCGAACGAGGUCUUAAGAAAGACACCCACCCAACAUCAAUUGUUAAGUGUUAUCCGACGUACGUGCAAGACUUGCCAGACGGUACCGAGAAAGGUAAAUUCCUGGCGUUAGAUCUGGGAGGUACCAAUUUUCGAGUACUUAUGGUUAAUAUUGACAGCGAUAAGUGUGAAAUGGAGUCAGAAAUCUUUUCUAUGUCAAACGAACUGAUCACUGGUUCCGGAUAUGACCUAUUUGAUUACAUAGCGGAAUGUCUAGCAAUUUUUUCUAAAAAGCGAGGUGUAGCUGAGCAAAAUUUGCCUUUGGGAUUUACAUUCAGCUUUCCCGCUAGUCAAAAAGGCCUUAGUAAAGCAAUAGUCGUACGCUGGACGAAAGGGUUCGACUGUAAAGACAUACUAGGGCUAGAUGUCGGAGAACUGCUAACUAAUGCAGUGAACAAAAGAGGAGACCUUAAAAUUGAUGUUUGCGCUAUUUUAAACGAUACCACUGGAACCCUUAUGUCGUGCGCAUUUAAGAACCGAGAUACCAGGAUAGGCAUGAUUGUCGGAACCGGUAACAAUGCGUGCUAUAUAGAAAAACAGGCGAACGCUGAAUUAUUCGAUGAACCGGAUAUGGGCUCCGGUGAUGUCGUCAUAAAUCUGGAAUGCGGAGCAUUCGGAGACGAUGGCGCAUUAGACUUUAUAAGAACUGAACUGGAUAGAGUAAUUGAUAAAGAGUAUCCCAAUCAGGGGAGACAACUACACGAGAAGAUGAUAUCUGGUAUGUAUUUAGGCGAACUGGCAAGACGCUACAUCUUGAAAUUCGCACAGCAGGGGCUAAUACUUGGAGGAAAGACUUCUCCUAUUUUUGAAACGCAGGACAGUUUUCCGACAAGCAACCUUUCUGAAAUUGAAAAAGACCAACCGGGCUCCUUUAAGCUGCAAAGAGACAUUCUACAUCAGUUGGGCCUCGAACAUGCCACAGACGUCGACUGCAUAAAUAUAAGAUUUAUAAGUCAAUGUCUGACUAGAAGAGCGGCCCAUUUAGCCUCAACCGCCUUGGUUACCCUUAUACACAAGAUGGGUGUUAAAAAAGUGACCGUUGGCAUCGACGGAUCCUUGUAUAAGUACCAUCCGCACUUUCGUACUUUGAUGAUUGCAAAAAUGAACGAGUUGAUUGAUCCGGGCUACACCUAUGAACUCAUGCUGUCGGAAGACGGUAGCGGCAUUGGGGCGGCAUUAGUUGCUGCUGUGGCGGCCAAAAAGAAACGACAACUGGGUAUUUCUUAAAAUAACUAAAAUGAAAAAUUAUCGAAUAAUAGA